AUGAUCAUCAGCCGCCGCGCGGUGCAGCGGUUAGGGCGUUUCGGCCCUGGUCUGAAGGUCAAGGGUUCGAUUCCGGAGGCUGCGCCAGACCCGUGCUCCGUCGAAGCACAGCACCGCGGGGAAGAGGUUCUGCAGUCCGUGUACCACGUGGUCUACAGCGUCAGCUACGGAGUGCCCGUCAUGUACUUCAACGUCUGGAGACGCGACGGCAGCCUGCUUCCUCUGAGUGACGUAUGGUCGCUGAUGCCGGAAUGCCUGCAGGAGCAACUGAAGCAUCUGCGAUGGUCUACCGUCACGCAGCAGGAGCACCCGAUCCAGGGCGUCCCCUACUUCCAGUUGCACCCGUGCAAGACGGCCGAGCUCAUGGAACAGACUCGACCAAAGCACCAGGACGGGAAGCACAGCAAUUACGUGGUCACGUGGCUCAGUUCGGUGGCUCCCGUGGUUGGCCUGGAGUUUCCCGUUCAGUACUCGGCCAUCGCUGCACCGCCGUCCUCCUCCUGACGUCCUGCGGAACUUUGUGACGGACGUCUUCCCGUUACGUUCGCAAAACGGCUUCCCGUUACGUUCUGUACGAAGGGCGUCUUUUCUGGACUGCGAUGCACGAGUCGCACGUACCUGGAGCACAUUGAACGAACGUGCGCUGCUUGCCUUGCCACUUCAGCUGCGAGUGCCAUGGGUCCAACAUCUCUGUUUGUCUUAUUCAGUUGCUUCUUUUUUUCAAUCGCGUCGGAAGCAAUAAUAAAAACAAGAGAAUGCCGUGGUGUGUAAUUUAAA